AUGCCAGCUUGGUAUGUUGCAGCAUGUCGCGCGAACGUCAAAUCAGGUGCCAUAAUGUCGGCUCUGUCCGAUCAGGAGAUUCAGCGCGAGAUCGGCAUAUCGAAUCCGUUGCAUCGUCUGAAACUGCGCUUGGCUAUUCAGGAGAUGGUCGCGUUGACAUCACCGUCGGCUCCGAAGGCCACUAGGACGUUGGCCUUCGGUGAUAUGAAUCACGAAUGGAUCGGAAACGAGUGGCUGCCGUCUCUCGGUUUGCCUCAAUAUCGUUCGGCUUUCAUGGAAUGUCUGGUGGAUGCACGAAUGCUCGGACAUUUGACCAAAAAAGAUCUCAGAGUACAUCUAAAAAUGGUGGACAGCUUUCACAGAGCCAGUUUGCAAUACGGGAUAUUGUGCUUGAAGAAGUUGAACUAUGACCGAAAUCUUUUGGCGGAAAAAAGACAGUCGUGCGAAAAUUGCAACAAAGGUAGGACGUUGCCUAAUAAGGAAUUGACAAAUUCGCCAUGGGCUUGGGGCAUUGUUUUACCCGUGUCUUUCGUCUCUUUAAUUGUAGAUCUGUUCGUAUGGUCGAAUGAGCGCGUCAUGCGAUGGGUCGAAUCGAUUAGUCUCGAGUGCUAUGCGGAAAACCUGCGGGAGUCAGGCGUUCACGGUGCUCUGAUUGCCUCUGAUGACACGUUCGACGUAAACACGUUCGCGUUGGUGCUGCAGGUUCCUUCCAACGACUUCCAGUCGAGACAAAUCUUGCAGCGUGAGUUCGAGAUGUUGAUCGUUUCACUGAAAGAAUCAAAAGUCGCUGCGACGCCCUCCACUGAAAAAGACCGAGCCUCGGCUGCCAGCCAAAGUUCAGUACUCAGCACCGCAGCUGGCAGCGACGGAGCAGGUACAGGCAACAAAGAUCUGACGACAGUUGCACAGUCGCCCCAGCAGCAACAGCAGCAGACGGUCGGCAGAUGA